AUGAAGAAGUUCCUUGUGCUCAGCUUCGUUUUGGUCCUCCUGACCAUUCUUGCAGACACUUCACCAAUUUUGAAUGAAAAGGAAGCCAAACAGAUUCUGAGAACUCGUCGUGAAGACAGACAAAGAAAAGCUGGUUUCCCUGAUGAGCCAAUGAGGGAGCAUAUGCUUUACCUCCAGCGCCUGGAGCAGAGAUCAGAAGAACAAUUCCUGGAACACUGGUUAAAUCCACAUUGCUUUCCACACUGCAACAGGGAUUUAGUCCAUCCAAUCUAAUGGAUUUACCUGCCCCAUAAUUGAUCUCUUCAUGUGCAUUUAAGAGGAUACAUACGUUGUGUUUUGGUGGACAAGA